AUGCGCUUUGCAUCCAUCUUCCUGGCCGCAUUGGCCCCAAUUCGCGCCAUUGCUGAAGGCGCCCCGUCACUCAACCUGGGCGACAUCCAGCUCGACGAGCUUCUCGCAAGGCACAACCUCGCUCUCGUGCCCAGGAAUGAGCUUACUGAGACCUUGGCGGAGCUGACCGCCCUGCUCAAGCAGCAGCAACGGCGCCAGCCCACGCAGAGAAUCGCCCUCAAGGCCAGGCAGACAGGCAACGGGACAAACGCAGAUGCCAACACCAGCGCCGACCCCGACACCAGCACCGACAUAAUCGGUGGCAUCGCCGGCACCAGCACCGCCAGCGCCAGCGCCAGCGCCAGCGAGAGCACCGCCACGGGCACCAGCACCGGUGGCUCGUCAUCGUCCAGCGACAGCAGCGAUGACGGAGGAUCCCAGAUCCUGGACAUCGGCGGCCUCGGCGACCUCGGUGACUCGCUCAGCGCCAUCCCCAAGCUCAUCGAGGCCCUGGGUGACCUGCCGAAGCUCAUCAACGCCGCGCUGGACCUCCUGACCACAGAGUUCGUCCAGGGGCUGCACGACUCCAUGAUCUACCUCGCCCAGACCCUGCGGCCGCCCAUCCCCAAUAUUGCCAGGAGCCUCCUCCAGGAGGCCGAGCCCCUGGUCCAGCUCCUCAACCAGCUCGACCUCAAGAGCCUCAUUGACGAGAUCAAGGAUGUCGACCUCGCCGGCAUCGUCAAGGCCGCCCUCAAGCUCCUGACCGAGAGCAACAUCAAGAACAUCGAGGAUGUCCUGACCAACGGCGCCAGCCUCCUGACGCCCGCAUUCGUCAACGAGACGCAGUCGCUCAUUGGCGACGUCUCGCCCCUCCUCGGCGAGGUCCGCCCGCUGCUCAAGAAGCUCACCAGCCUCGACCUGGACGGCAUCCUCUCUGCCCUGCAGCCCCUGCUCAAGGAGGACGAGAUCAGGGGCAUCGUCACCCUUCUCAGCAACGCCGAGACCCUCCUCGACGCCGGCACGGUCAACGACCUCGACCUUGCCGGCAUCAUCGACGCCCUCAAGCCUCUCCUCAAGACCGAAGAGAUUAAGAACAUCGUCAGCUUGCUGCACAACGCCGAGGACCUACUGUCUCAGGAAAUGGUCAAGAGUCUCAAGUCGUUGCUAACAAAGGCCGGCCCGCUGAUUGACAAGGUCAACGAUAUCGAUCUGGCUGGCAUCAUCGAUGCCCUCAAGCCGCUACUCAAGACCGAGGAAGUCAAGAAGAUUGUCAGCCUUCUCAACAAUGCCGAAGACCUAUUGUCUCAGGAAAUGGUCAAGAGCCUCAAGUCUCUGCUGACCAAGGCCGGCCCGCUGAUCGAUAAGGUCAGCGGCCUAGACCUCGGUGGCAUCCUGGACGCUCUGGCGCCCCUUCUCAAGUCGGAGGAGAUCAAGAAGAUCGUCUCCCUGCUGCACAACGCCGAGGACCUGCUGUCGCAGGAGUCGGUCAAGAACAUCAAGAGCCUGCUCAACAGCGCGGGCCCGCUGCUCGACAGCCUCGGCGAGCUCGACCUCAAGAAGCUGUUCAAGCAGAUCGGUCCCAUCCUCGAGGAGGUGGGCAAGCUGGAUCUCAAGGGCAUGCUCGAGUCCGUCAGCCCGCUUCUCGAGCCCGACAGCAUCAAGGGCAUCGUCGGGCUGCUGGGCAGCGCCGAGGACCUGCUCACGCAGAAGUUUGUCAACCAGACGCAGACGCUCAUCGGCGACGCCCUCCCGCUGGUGGAGGCCAUCGCCCAGAUCGACGUCAAGAGCCUGGUCGGCAAGGUGAAGCCGCUCCUGGACGCCCUGGACGGCAUCGACAUCAAGUCGCUGGUCGGCCAGAUCGGCCCCAUCCUCGAGGCCCUGGGCGAGAUCGACUUCGGGAAGCUCAUCGGCAGGGUCACGCCGCUGCUCAACAGCCUGGGCAAGAUCGACGUCGACGGCCUCAUCGACGUGGCGGCCGGCUACCUCAAGCCCCAGAAGCUCAGCGGCAUCUUCGGCUUGGUCGACAAUGCGGAGGAUCUCCUCACCGACAAGUUCGUCAACCAGACGCAGACGCUCGUCGGCGACGCCGUACCCCUGGUCGAGCUGCUCGGCGGCAUCGACAUCGAGGGCCUGCUCAAGCUGGUCAAGCCUCUGCUCAAGGAGCUCAACGGAAUCGACCUGGCCGGCAUCAUCGACUCCCUCAAGCCCCUCCUCGACGCCAUCGACAAGAUUGACGUCAAGGGUCUCGUGGAUGCCGCGCUGCCCAUACUCACCCCGGAGACUGUCAAGGGUAUCGCAACGCUGCUCACCAACGCUCAGAACCUGCUCAGCAAGGACUUUGUGUCGGAUACAUCGGAGCUCAUCGGCGACGCUACACCGCUCGUUGCGUCUGUUGCGGACCUCUUCUACGCUAUCAUGAAGGAGCUUACGAGCGCAUCUGGUGACGACGGUUAA